UGUACGAUUAAUGAUGAAUAAAAAUAUUUUCAAAGCAAUUCAGUGGACUAAAAAAUUUAAGUUUUGAUUAAUUUAAGAAUGCGUCUUGUUAAAUCAUUUGGUAUAAAUCGUUUUUCUACUUUCAUUCAUCAUGUUAGUGUUUUAUUAUUAUUAUAUAACAUUUACCUAACACUUAAACUGCUUAAAGCCAAUUCCUCUAUUAAAACUGAUUGUAUCAAAGAGAAUUCAAAUACUUCAUUCUUCCAUCUGACAUUAUCAACUGGAAGAUGGGACAGUCGACGGAUGGUUAAGACAUAUGAUAAUGUAAUUUUAGCAGACCAAAAACAAAGUGGAAUGGUAUGUUUGGCUACACAAUGUUCAGUAGACCGAUUAACAUCUAUUGUAGAACUAGCAAAUAACUGGAAUGGCCCAAUAUCGACUGCAAUUUAUGUAGCCGGUGAAGAAUUAUAUUAUAUACAAGAUUAUAUAAGAUUUUUACGUCGAUGUUAUCAGUCAGUCCGUCAAACAGUUACUUUUCAUCUUGCUUUACCGGCAAAUAAAUUUCCUCAAUCUUCACAAUCAGGUUUUGAAACUGAUCAAUUAUCAUGUCAUCAAGAUCCUAGUGUUGUUUUAUCAAAUCUGAUGAAACAAUUACCAGAAAGCUUAAGGCGAUGGAAAAUUCGAAUGCCUUAUCCUCAAAAUCAUCUAAGAAAUCUAGCUCGCUUAAAUUGUCAAACACAUUAUUCAUUGGUUACUGACAUUGAUAUUAUUCCAAGUAUUAAUUCAGCAGUAUUACUUAACAACUUUUUGUCUGAAAGACCAAAAUGCUUGAAAUGUGUAUAUGUUUUACCUACUUACGAAGUUCAUAAGUCUGCUAUUCCUCCAAAAAAUGUUACGGAGUUAACAAAAUUGAAAUCUGCUGGGCUCGCAAGAUAUUUUCACAUGGAAGUCUUUAAAUUAAAUCAAAUGCCAACAAAUUUUGUAAUGUUUGAAAAAAGCUCUAAAAAACAUGAAGGUUUACACAUUAGUCACAAGGUACCUAAGUAUCAAUUGUAUUAUGAACCGUUUUAUGUAUCAUUAAAUAAUGUUCCAAGUUAUGAUGAACGGUUUAUUGGCUAUGGCUAUACAAGAAACUCACAGGUAUAUGAAAUGUUUGCAGCUAAAUAUCAAUUUGAAGUACUAGCUAAUAUAUUUACUUUUCAACACAAUUUUGCAUCACAGAAAAAAAAAUCUAACUAUCGAGAAAUGCAAUAUGCAGAAAAUUUAGCAUUAUUUACUAAAUUUAAAAAAGAAAUAGCCGCUCGUUAUUUAUUAAGUCAUUAUUUAUAAAAUUAUU